GUCCCUUUGUUCUUUUACCUAACCUGCACUCCCAAAACAGACCGCGACAUCGUCUUCCGACAUUACCACUUCUCCCCGAAGGUCCUGGGAGACCCGUUGCAGAGCCUUUCCCGUUCGGCCUCGAUGGCGUUGGCGAUCGCGGCUCUGGGUUUGGCGCAACAAAAGAAAUCCAGACAAGUACGAAAUGAGUGAGCGUUCGACGAAACGGAGAGGCGCGAGUCCGUUCGAUGGCGCAAGCUCCGACGACGGUCGCCGACGCAAGAACAACGGGGUCAGCGAUGGCAGGAAGAAGAAGAACGCCACCGGACAGGCUCCUGCUGUGAACGGCCGCGAUUCCAAGUCGGCCAAGCCUAAUCCAUUCGUCACGGCGACGGCGACGGCGACGGCGACGGCGACGGCGACGGGGACCGGGAACAAGAGCAGUAGCUUUGGCACUACCACCACCAAGUCACAGGAAGGGUUCGGCACCUUUGGCGGCUUUGGCUCUGCUCAACCCGACGGUCGGCAGUCGAGCGUCGAACUAACUGAGAAUGAUGACUACGAAGCCUUUGGAAACGGAGUGGGCGACGACACCACCGCCAUGACCGCGAAUUCGAUCUACGCGAAGCGCAUCUACGACAAACUCCAGAAGGACAAGAUCUUCCGGCCGAAAUGGCCGUCCGAACCGGGAAAUCCGGCCCAACAUCACAAGACGGCGCUGGCAAGAUUUAGAGACCAGUUCAAGGAGUACCGAGAUCGGGCUCGCGCUUCCCUCAUGGGCGGCGGACUCAUCGACGACCCCGACAAGCCCAAGAGGUUGGAAGACGCCAUCGACUUCAAGGGUAUCUGCGAAGACAUGUGUCCCGAAUUCGAAAGAAUCACGCGUAUUUUCGAACACGAUGUUCAGCAGGCCGAGAGGGACCCGAAUACCAAUUUCCCUGUCACCGGCAAGAUGGUGAAGAAGCUGGCACGGUCUGCUGCAGGCCAGGAAGCCCCUCUUCCCAUGGAUGUCAGGACCACGGCGGCUCUACGCCGCACCCUGGACUAUCUGGUUAACGUCUUGCUCAAAAAGGAGGAGGACUUGCUGUUGUUGCACGGCUACUUGUGGGACCGAACUCGUGCCAUUCGACGCGACUUUGUCUUCCACUCCACCAUGACCACCGAUGAGAUGAAGGACCAGGUCUACUGCUUGGAGACUAUCGCUCGCUUCCACGUCACCUCUCUUCAUAUCUUGUCGAAGCCGGGCAUCGCGCCAGAAGACUUCUCGCAACAACAAGAACUGGAGCAACUCGGAAAGACCCUCCUCUCCCUCAUGUUCGCCUACGAUGAUAGCAGAUCGCAAGGGCUUGUCUGCCCGAACGAGCCCGAGUUCAGGGCUUAUCACCUCCUCUUCAGCGCGAACCAACCGAAUAUUCUCGACACCGUCCAACAGGAUCCGGCUAAUGCUCGCUGCUGGAAGGAGUCGGAUGAGUUCCGCACCGCCGUUUCGCUGGCCGAGGCUCUCCAUAGCACUGCCGACCUACACGGGCCUCUGGGGGCUGCCCCGAAUGUCGCAAUAUCGGGCAACAUCAACUCGUACUUUAGGAUCGUGGAAGACCGCAGUGUGUCCUACACGAUGGCGUGUUUUGCAGAAAUCCACUUCGGCCAGCUCCGUCGCUCGAUCCUCCGGACCUUGAGGAGAGCCUACUGGAGACCGAAAGUGCUUGCCAAAGAUAUCACGCCUGCUCUGCUCAACUCCUUUCUGAGAUUCGAUACUGACCAAGAGGCGGUCGACUUUGCUGAACAACACGGCCUGAGCUUCGUACCUCAUGAAGAUGCGCCCCUCGACCGGUCACGACAAUACCUAAAAGUCACGGAUCAGCUCAGCCUCCCUAGACUACGCCAUGCUUUCUCACACAACAUUGUCGAGGAGAAGCGCGGCUCGUACUCACUACCCGAUGUUAUUCGCAACACAUUCUACGAGACAGGUGUUUCCGGAAAGGGACCGCCUUCACUCGCCAUCGAUGCUGGCAAAGCCAGUAACGGUUUGGACACUGCACACCCCGGCCAAGCCUGGCCUUCUGCCUUUGGCAAACCCUCUGAACCAAAUACCGUCGGUGUCUUUUCGAAAACAGAAUCCGGCAACAACUCAGGCACAGCCAAACCGAUGUUCGGACAAAGUCCUUUCUCGACCCUUCCCCAAACAGCUGUGGCGGCUUCUGCCAAUGCUACGGGACCGUUCGCAGCGCCACCGUCCAACGCAUUUACAUCCAAGAGCCCUUUCUCCUCGAGUCCCGCUGCAACGUCAGCGGACCAGAAGAGUCCAUUCUCCUCCGCGCCCGUUGCAUCCGAGUCCCCAAAGCCUCCACCCUCGACAUUCAACAACCCCUUUUCAUCGACGCCGUCUGCACCGACCCCUCCUCCUCCAUCUUCUUCACCCUUCUCUAAUCCUUUCUCGCAAAAAGCGCCUCCACCUGCCGCAUCAGAGAAAGCCAACGAGCCUCCCGGCGGUGCAGCGCCGUCCGGUCCAUCCGCUGGAUUCCCUGCUCAACAACCCGUGCCGAAUCUGCCAUCUUCCUCCACGCAACCUCAAGCGCGGGAUAAACCCUUCGAGGCACUACGAGACUCAAACGCAUCUCCGGCACCAUCUGCGUUUCCUUUUGGCUCGGGCACAAGUCAGACGUCGUCUUCACCACUGGCCAAUGCCCCUACUGGCGCACCAUCGUCGUCGCGUAUUGCCCCGCCAACCUUUACAUUCGACCAAACUCCGGCUAUCACCGUAACACCAGCAUCUCCUGCUCGCAAAACUCCGGCUGACGUUUCUGAGGACGGCGCAAAGACUCUUCCUUCAGUCCUGGGCAGUACCACUCAACCCUUGCAGCCACCCGAAUUGCCGCCGCAGUCUGGCCUAAAUCAAGCCGGCGCGAUUCUGAAGCCGGCUGCGCCAUCGGUGGCCCAACCCCCAGCACCGAAAAGGGAUCUUCUGGGAGACUUCACCAAGUGGUUCGCCAAUGGCGACCAAGGUCUUCUGCAAGAAUUCGAAAUCUUUGCGGUGGAACAGAUUGUCCGGCAGACUUUUGAACAAUUCGUCAAAGACGAAGAGGAAAAGAAGCGCAGGGAAGAGGAAGAAAGGGACCUGGCAGAGGCUCGUCGCUUCCAGGUCUACAACCUCCGAGUUAAAUAUUUCUAUCGCUGGAGGGAGAUUGCUCGGAAAUUGCGAGUCAGAAGGCUUCGGCAGAGAGAUCGGGAGCAAUACCGCGCCGCACUCGCCGCCAUGCGCGCCGAAGAGGCAGCGAAGAAGAAGAAGGCGAAGGAGGUGGAGGCAGCCAAAAAGGCGGCAUUGGAACGCUAUCAUGGCAUUGACCCGGUGGAGGAAUUCAGGGAGCUGUUGCACAUGAGAAAGGAUGACGGCUCGCACGACCAUGAGGAGGCACUCCUCGCGAGCGGCAUCCUUUCCGGCGUGGAGAAUGAACGGGAAGCCGUGGCGCGGAUCAUCCGAGACCAGCCCCUUCCGGCUGCGAGGACUACGUCGACACCAAAGAAGACGCCGAACGGCAACGGCACGAGCAACAGCAGCCGUUUGUCUCAGUCCGUGCAGGGGAGCAAGCCAGGCGGGGCCAAAAUCCAAGCUCUCCGGGCGCAGUUCAGCGGAAGCGGUAGCGGUAGCGGCGGCGGCGGCUCCAGCAGCCAUUUCCGCCGUUCGCUCCCUUCCAUGUCGGGGAUCUCGUCGGUCUCGUCGCGCCACUCGUCGCCUGCCGAGGCCCAGCCGAAGCGCAUCAGCAAGGUUUCCGACAGGUGGCGUCUCAAGGCCAUGGGACUGGUCACGAUGCCGGACGGCACCGCUCUACCGGAAGCUCUGGCCAACUCGAUGCGCUAUGAGGGCAAACGGUACGAAGGAUGGGGCUCGUUCGGGCUGGAUGGGGCCACCCAGCGGCAUCGCAGCCGUAGCACGUCGGCGGACCUGGGUCAGGCGGCUGCCGUCCGCGCGCGGUUCUCGCAGUCUCUCAGCGGCAGUGGCGCCGGCGCCGGUAGUACGACUGGAAAACAAACACAAAAACAGGUCAACGACAUGUCGCCUCCCACGUCGAAACGGAAGCGGACCGCCGAGGAGGAGGAAGCUGCGCUGGUCAACGGGUCUGGCGUUACCAAGAGGCGGGCAGCGUCCAACGACAAGGUGGAGAGGAUCUUGCAGGAGGCUCGGGCGACAUUGGGAUCGCUCAGGAGCUCGAGGGCGGAACUGGACGAGUCGGCGGGGUGGUUCCGGGAGCAGAGCGAGAUGAUGCAGGACCAAAUGAGUUGCAGGGAUAGCUCAUGGAGCGGACACGGCUGA